UCAGUAGAAAAAAAGGGAAUCCAGCAGUAAAUCAGAAGAUUAGAAAACAAGAAAAGGGAAACCAUGAAACCUGCAACUCUGCAACCAAGAAAAAGAAAAAGGGUGUGAACUUUGAAGAAGAAGAAGAAGAAGAGAAGAUGAUUUCAAAUCUGAGUGUGUUAUUCUGUGUCAUCUGGGCUAUUACACUUCUUUAUGGCGAGAAGUUUGCUUUUUACUGGACCUGCUCAUGGCCGAUGGAAACAACAGAUAAUCCUGCUGAUUAUGUGAAAAUUGCAGUGGUGACAGAUCCACAGCUCAUGGAUAGAACAUCCCUCAGUCUAGCUCCCAAAUCAUUAGCCCUGGAGAUUGUACAAUUCUAUACCGACAUCUUCAUGCGCAGAGCGAUGCUGGCUUCCGUCAUGCCCCUUAAACCGGAUAUGGUUUUGUUUUUGGGUGAUUAUUUUGACGGUGGUCCCGUUCUUUCUGAUGAAGAGUGGCAGGAUUCUUUGAAUCGUUUUAGGCAUAUUUUUGACAUUAAGACACUCGAAAGAGUUACAAAUAAUCGAGUAUACUUCCUCUCGGGAAACCAUGACAUCGGUUAUGCAGCAUAUCACUCUCACAAGCCCGAGGUAAUUAGCCGCUACGAAAAGGUAUUUGGUUCAAGAAACUAUCAUUUUGGAGCAGGAGAAGUGGAAUUUGUUGCUGUCGAUGCCCAAACACUGGAUGGUCAUCGACUACAAAGCCAGACCUCUGCUUCGUGGACUUUUGUUAAUAACGUGUCUAGGGAUUCCCUUUCACCUCCAAGGGUGUUAUUAACACAUAUACCACUCUAUCGACCUGACUGGACUUCAUGUGGUUCCAAACGUUCUUCACCGAUUAUAAAUCAGAGAAUUUCUCGUGCUACCGGUGAUCAUGAAAUAAUGUAUCAAAAUUAUCUUACAGAAGAAACAUCAAACAAAUUAUUGGAUUCCGUCAAACCCGUACUCGUUUUGUCGGGUCAUGAUCAUGAUCAGUGUACUGUAACUCAUAGAGCCAAACAUGGGGCUGUAGUAGAGCAUACGCUAGGGACGAUUAGCUGGCAACAGGGAAACUUGUAUCCGUCUUUCAUGUUACUAACGGCAAGUAAACUUUCGGUUUCAAACGCAAGUAAUGCCGUAUCAACUCGCCUGUGUUUACUUCCUGCACAGAUCUUCAUUUAUAUAUGGUAUAUCUUGUUAUUUGUGGUUACUCUUGUUGUGAUUCUUGUAUGGCCAACGAACGGGUUGAACAUUCACCUACAUAUCGGUGAAAAUAUGCGUAACAUUCUUGGCUUUUUCAAAAGUAACGCUAAAGAAAAAGACGAAGAUGAAAACUGUGAAUAUGAGAUGGUUUGGGAUGCAGAAGGGUCAAUGCAUUUAAUCAAAAAACCGAAAAAGAUCGUUCCUUCACAUUCAACUGAGAGGGUAGAAAGGGGGAAUGCUACGCUGCGGUCAGCAGCUAAAAAGCAGACAGUGCAGGAGGUUAAUCUUGUAAUGCCGCAAGAUGCAAGUGGCCAACCGGGACCCGAUGCGGGUGCAAGAUUGGGACAGGUCAAAGCCAACAAGUCAACUGUUAGAUUUGUUAUCAGGAGGUUGGUUCGGGUUUUCCAAGUGUUAUCGGUUGUUGCUGCAGUUAAUGUGCCUAUAUAUAUAAUGUUGCUGUUCGCGGAUUGGAUCGAUAAAUGAUGUUAGAAAAGAAUACUUACAUGUUGUAGAACUGUUGUUGUUGUUGUUCAAGUUUUGAUUGAAAAUGUACUUACUAAUGUAGAUUCUUGCAUUACACAUGUUAUAAAAUCAUAUUAACUAGAAU